GAGAUCAUGUCUGGCAAGCUCUUCGUUGUAACUGCCCUGUUGGCUAUGGCUUUCGCACACCCUGAGGAAACACCUGCUUCUGCGUUCUCUGCCCUAGCAGCUGCGUUUAUGCCCGGCCAGCACGAUUUCAACUUUGGUCUCAAAGAUGACUACGUUAAAAAAUUGAUUCGCAACGCCGGAGGUCCAAGUACGCCUUGUAUCCCACCGGCUGUUUGUAAGCCUCCAACAAAGCCAGCAGUACCGAAGUCUGCUACGGUGGAGAUGCCCAGUACCCUGCUGAGAAGCCUUUCCACAAGCCAGCCUGAUCAUGCGCCAAAGUGGGUUUUUAAGUCAAAUUAUGAAAUCAUAAGCUACGAUGCCUUCCCACUUACAUUAAAUGCUUAAACAAAGUUUAGAUUUAGAUACUAGUUCCAUAUAAGGUC